AUGGCGAAUGAAAGGGGCACAUUUAUCCAGUAUGAAAUACAUAUCUGGACCUCCGACCUCCAUGGAGCGGGAACCGACUCUGAUGUAUUCAUACAGUUAAUUGGAACCGACACAGAAACAGAAAAGAUUGAAUUACGUGACAGCAGUAACAAUUUUGAACAAGCAAGGGAAGAUGAGUUUCUGCUAGAAGCCGCUGACAUUGGUGACAUAAGGAAAAUAAGAAUUGGACAUGAUGGAUCUAGUUUCAUGUCUGGAUGGCAUCUUCAUAAGGUACUCAUUAAGAGGCGAUCAAGAGCUGGAACAAGCAAGUCGCAGCACCAGACAACACCAAACUUCGACACAAAGGAAUAUCAUGGAAUCGAAACAGACGAGUAUUGGUUUAUCGUCGAUCGUUGGUUUGAUACAUCUGAAGACGAUAAUAAAAUAGUGAGAGAAUUGUUUCCAACGGACAAGAAAGGCAAACCGCUUUUUGUAACGGAAGAAAAGACGAUACACACACCAACGCCUUCAACGAAAGACGAAGCGAUAACGGCCCAAUUAAGUCCAGAUAUUGAACGCCAAGAGAGUCCUCAUUAUGAAUCUACAGAACGAACAAAUAAUCGAGAUGAUCCUUUUUAUGUGCCAUCAGCCUAUGACAAGGACCCGAAAGCUGAACUUGAAACUAUUAGGCAGCACAGGAAUAUACAAAGAAAUACAAGAAUGCCAAGUAAAACACCAAGUAGAAAGGGAGCAACAGAAUCCUCAUUGACCAAUCAAGUCUAUUCACCAAUCCAAGAGGAGAAUACACAAGCUAUUUUUGAUAUCCACACUGAAGAUAAUCAGUACUACACAAAUGAUUUUCAACAUAACCCUAGUCCAGAAAUAUCUUCUCCCUCUGAAUUAUCUUUGUAUCUCAGUGAGGAGACUGACGGAGCUGUCGGAUCCAUACGACGAACAUUACAGUUAUUUCAAUGAUUCAACGUGUUCCUCACAUGAAAACUAUCAAAAAGACGACAAAGAGUUAAAUCGCAGUUGUAAAUACAAUCGUGGGAACUUCCGGGAUAUUGACAAGGAUGUUAACUGGCUAUUCUCAGCCUUCCUUGUAUGUGUAAGACCGUGAUGAAAAAAAUGGAUGAACAUAGAUAGAUCAAAUGUUAGAAGGAUAAGUGACGGUCAUUUCAUUG